AUUCACCUUCCUCCCUCCCUCCUCCUUUUUCUUCUCCAACCACUCAUCAGACCUUUCUCACCAACUCAAGCCAAGCAAUCAGAAAACUACUUCUUCUCGAACCCUUUUGGAUUUCCAGGACACUCUUCUUACCUCCUCCUUUCCACCUCAAUCAGCUCAUAAUAAAUCCCCACAGCGUCUCCCUUCUUACAACCUUCCAGCCAUUAUCACCUCCUUCCUUCCCCUCAACACCCCUACAGACCUCAUCUCUCUUUCUCCCCCCUCUGUGUGUGAGCAAAGGUAAAGCCAGAAAGGGUGGUGAUAAUAGAUGAUAUGGGUCGUUCUCCCUGCUGUGAGAAGGCACACACCAACAAAGGGGCAUGGACGAAUGAGGAAGACCAGCGCCUCAUAGCUUACAUCAAAGACCACGGUGAAGGGUGCUGGAGAUCUCUCCCCAAAGCUGCAGGACUGCUGAGGUGUGGAAAGAGUUGCAGACUGAGAUGGAUCAACUACCUGAGGCCUGACCUCAAGAGGGGCAACUUCACGGAGGAGGAAGAUGAGCUCAUCAUCAAGCUCCACAGUUUGUUGGGUAACAAGUGGUCACUCAUAGCAGGAAGGCUGCCAGGAAGAACAGAUAAUGAGAUCAAGAACUAUUGGAACACACACAUCAAAAGAAAGCUCUUGAACCGAGGCAUCGAUCCACAAACGCACAGGCAACUCAACCAACCGCACUCUCAGGCUGCACCGUCCCAGCUGGAGCCAACCACAGGUUUUCUGCCUACGACCAAGAUGGCAGAUUUGAGCAAUUACCAGAAGAAAACAGAUUCUGCUGAUAAGUCCAGCAGUGGGAUCAGCUCGGAAGACGAAGCACACUCCAUGAAGAGAUUGGACCUCAAUCUGGACCUCUCUAUCAGUCUCCCAUUCUCGCCAGAUCCCGUGGUUUCCGACCGGCAAUUUUUCCAGCCGCCGACAAUCGUAAGCUCGGAUAUCUUCCGCAAGUCCACGGCUGUAUGUUUGUGUUGCAGUAUUGGAUUCCAAACUAGCAAAGACUGUAAAUGCCAAUCAUCCCCAGAUGCUAAUCAAGUUGCAGGUCUAAGAUACUUUAGACCAUUUGAGGCUUAAGUGAAUUCGAAUAUUCAAUCCCCUUAUUUCA